CCGAACAAGCUUCCAGCCAUCAUCGUCUUUCACCUUUCACUUCCAUCUUCCAUCCCCAACCUUCGAGGCCCUCGACACUCUUCUCCUGGAAGCCUCUCAGUCGACUCAAACUAGCUCAUGAGCAACAACUUCUCCCUAACUGAAACAACCUCGUCUGCCAAUCGCAUCUAGACCACUCCAAUUUUUGCCAUGGCCCCCGGGCAGGGUGGCAAGAGGAAGCGCGGUGAACGCUCGUGGUCUGGCGAUUCGGCCGGCAACGAAGCUCUGCGACCCUCUCCUCAUCGCCCCGGUACGCUCAACAUGGCACAGCAUUCCUCCCACCCGGGGCAUCACGCCAGCCCUCAACGAGACCAGAAUGAGGCGCGCGACAGAUAUCGUCGACAGUCGGGCCACCAAGGCGGCGGACGCGGCGGUUCUCGCCGCGGCUCAUUUGAAGGCCAAAAUUUUUCGAGUUCACAGCACAGAGAAUCAAGCGCAAUGUCUCCUACUCCCCGAGCCCCGUCCAGAGAUGGACUAGAAGCUCCUCAACCCAGCGGCGACUACACAGCCCACCAAGCAACACAAGCAUCUGCUCCCAGCACCCCUGCUCCACAACGGCAGCUACAAUCUGUACCUCGGGCAGGCGCCGAGGCAAACCCCCCUCGCCCUUCUGCCCCUCCUCACCCGUACGACUACGAAUUUGUCACGGACCGCUCUGUGGAAGAAUGGGCAACGGGCGGAAAGCAAAAAGUCGUAAACGAAGGAACUGCGGCUCGCCUGGACCAAGAUCUCGCGCGUUUGGCCUCUGUCUACCAAGAGCUCAUCCGGUCUGCACUUUACGGUCGACUACCGCCUUCGGAGGCUGGAAAUGCUGUGAAAGAGAUCAUCGCCGAUGAGGCUGCCUCUCGGGGCUCGGCAGCAGAAGGCGAAGCCCAAAAUCAUUCAACCUUGGACUUUGACUCGUCCUCAUUGUUCCUCGACACCCUUUCAAUCAUCACCGACGCCGAUACCUCGAAUCCUGCUCUCAAACCACUCGUCUUUGCUACCGCCAUCUCCGCAGAACUCAUGCGUCUCCAGCUUGAUACCCCCCUGUUGCAGUCUUUGGGCCUAGUCCGUGAAACUUUCGCGCGCAUGGGCAUUCGAAAGCAAACCAAUUUGCUGUACCGACAGUCCAACUACAACCUUCUCAGAGAAGAGUCCGAAGGAUACUCUAAGCUUGUCACGGAGCUGUUCACCACGAGCAGCAACGAACCUCCAUCAAGUGAGGUAGUCGAGGAUACUUUCGAGAAGGUCAAGGCCAUGAUUGGCGCAUUUGACAUGGAUGUUGGGCGAGUGCUGGACGUGACGCUAGAUGUUUUUGCUGCAGUUCUUGUCAAGCAGUAUCGCUUCUUUGUGAAACUGCUAAGAGCCAGCUCCUGGUGGCCCAAAGAGGAGCUCUUUCACAAUAUCGACGGCAUUGCGCGGGCCUCGGGACUGCCAAAGUGGGCACUACCCGGGUCAACUGGUUGGAAUACCACCGAGGAUGAGCGAGCUAGCAUCUUACAGUCAAAUGAGCAACGCGAUCGAGAAUUUUGGGACCGAGUGCGACAGAUCGGCAUUAGGGCUUUCUUCGAAAUUGGCCGCAGGCCACUCUCCGCAGAGGAAAAGAAGAAGGCCCUACCAGAAACCAACCAUCUAUCUGAAGAACAGGAAGCUACCCGAACAUGGAUCGAGGAGACUGGAACUAUGCCACCGAAAGGCAACCGGGUUGCAGCUCAGCUUCUUGGCUUUAAGCUACGAUUCUACUCUUCUUCGGCUCGAUCUAAAUCCGACAAUUUACCCGACAACCUCAUUUACCUGGCUGCCUUGCUCAUCAAGGUUGGUUUCAUUUCUCUACGCGACCUCUAUGCCCACCUCUGGAGACCCGACGAUACCAUGGACGUUCUCAAGGAGGAAAAGAUGGCCGAGAAGGCAGAACGAGAGAAAGCUGCACGGCCCGGUGGUGGUGUCAAUGCCCUGAUGCUAGCUGGUGCAUUGUCUGACGAUACCCUUCCACCACAUCCACGUCUUCGCGAGCCCGACUCGCGGGUGGCUACUCCAGCUCGGGACCAGGAUACCGACAAGCAACCCACUGCUAAAACCGAGGAUGCUCUACCAGACCCCUCGGAUCAGAAGGUGUUGCUUCUGAAGAGUCUUCUCGCCAUUGGCGCGAUCCCCGAAUCUUUGUUCGUGAUGAGCAGAUUCCCUUGGUUGAUGGAUGCCUACCCCGAACUCCCCGAUUUCAUUCAUCGCAUUCUCCACUACUCUUUGAGCAAGGUGUACACGCCGCUUCAGCCUUUGGCCUCUGUGGAAGACCUGCCUGGCCACCAGCAUAUCUUGAGUCCUGAUCAAUCAGGAGUCGCCAAAGGUCAGCUUCGUUUAGCAGACGCCCCGCCGAGACGAAUUCUUCGUUGGGCCCAGCUAGAUACGGAAGACACGAACGAGGGCAUCGCUUACCGCUUUUACUGGGAUGACUGGGCAGAUAACAUCCCAGUCUGUCAGUCGGUGGAUGAUGUGUUCGCCCUUUGCUCUUCAUUCCUCAACCUUUCGGGUCACAAGAUUGGACAAGACGCGGGCCUUCUCGCAAAGCUUGCGCGCAUCGGUGCAGAUAGUCUUGCAAAGGACGAUUCCGAGGUGAAUAAGACUCGCUGGCGAGACCUCUGCAAACGCCUUCUCUUGCCCGCAGUCAGUUUGACCAAGGAAAACCCCGGUGUGGUCAACGAGGUUUUCAACCUGAUCAGCUCGUUCCCCCGUGAGGUUCGUUACAACAUGUACGCAGAGUGGUACACUGGACAGACCUCCAGACUGCCCGACAUCCAAUCUGCUUUCAAACAGGCGACGGCAGAGACCAAGGACGUCCUCAAGCGUCUCAGCAAGACCAACAUCCGACCCAUGGCUCGUGCUUUGGCCAAGAUUGCCUACGCCAACCCUGGUAUCGUGAUCAAUGUCGCUAUCGGUCAGAUCGAAUCAUAUGAGAACCUCAUUGAAGUCGUUGUGGAAUGUGCUCGCUAUUUCACGAACCUGGGCUAUGACAUCCUCACCUGGUCACUCAUCAAUUCGCUGGGGCAGAAAGGAAGAAGCCGCGUUCAAGAAGGCGGUCUUCUCACCAGCCGAUGGCUGAAUGCCCUGUCGACCUUUGCUGGCCGAACAUACAAACGCUACUCCGUCAUGGAUCCAGCACCUUUGUUACAGUACGUCGUGGAGCAGCUGCAUCGUAAUAAUUCCACCGAUCUCAUCGUGCUAGAGCAAAUGAUCAGCUCCAUGGCCGGUAUCAUUACCGACACCAACUUCAAUGAUGCCCAAAUCCAGGCUAUGGCCGGUGGCGAGGUACUCCAGUCGCAGAUCAUCCUUCAACUCUUAGACAGGCGCCACGAGUCAAAGACCACAUCAAAGCGAUUGUUGAAAUCAUUGACCCAUACGCGACUUGCGGGUCAGUUGCUGGUUGCGAUUGCCCAAGAACGAAUGACUUGCGUCUUCAACGAGUCAUCUUCUGAGCUUAAACUUCUGGGCAAUAUCUUUGAUGAGAUUCACCGCAUCCUGACUCAAUAUCUCGAUUUUCUCCGCAGCAACCUCUCGGUCGAAGAGUUUGAUUCCUUCGUGCCUGAUUUUGCUUCCUUGAUCCAAGACUUUGGUAUUCAGCCCGAGAUCGCAUUCUGGAUCAGGCGUCCCAGCGUUUCACGGAAGAUUGCCGAUAAUGAGCUGUCUAAGCCAAAGCUGGAAGCUUCGUCUGCGAAGGUGGGAACUGGUAACGGUGCCCCUGCAGCCCAGUCCAACGACGACAACAAGAUGGACGUUGACGAAGGUGAAGUGACAGCUGAGACAGAUGGUAUCGCAGACGAGACUGCAAUGGAUGUCGACAAAACAGAGCAGUCCACUACUGCGUCUCCAACUGCCGCUACCCCUAGCCCCUUGGCCGCGAACCCAGUCAUGCAAGAUUUGAUCGCAACCGUCAAGUCCUCGCUGCCUGCGGAGACCUGGGAGAAUGUGGGCGCGCAUUUCUAUGCGACCUUCUGGCAACUGUCUCUUUAUGAUGUUCACGUUCCCGAGAAGUACUACGAUGAAGAGAGACGCCGACUCCAAAGACGUGUCACGGCCCUGAACAACGACCGAUCCGAUCUUAGCAUGGUCGGUAUGCAACGAAAGGACCAAACGAGAAGGAGUCUCAACCAAAUUCAGGAUCAGCUUCUCUCGGAGCUGAAGGCCCAUACUCAAGCAUAUGCCCAAACUCGCGGGAGACUGCAGAAGGAGAAAGAGCGAUGGUUCGCUCACAUGCGAUUGAAGUACGAUCCGUUGAAUGUUGCUCUGUUAGAGCAAUGUUUCAUUCCUCGCCUCCUCCUCUCGCCACUUGAUGCUUUCUUCUCCUUCAAGAUGCUCAAGUUCCUUCACAACUCGGGAACUCCCAAUUUCCGAACCAUGGGAUUGCUGGAUCAACUGUUCCGUGAACACCGACUCGUUUCCCUUAUCUUCCUUUGUACCUCGAAGGAAGCUGACAACCUGGGACAGUUCCUUGGCAAGGUUAUGGGUGAUUUGAGUGAAUGGCAUGCUGAUCAAGCCGUCUACGAGAAGGAGGCCUUUGGCACCAAACGAGACUUGCCCGGGUUUGCCAAAAAGCUUGACCCUGAAGGAGUCCCAAUUAUCUUCCUUGAUUAUGAAGACUUCCGGCGUCUUCUUUACAAGUGGCACCGACUGGUUAACAAUGCCCUUCAAACAUGUCUGAAAGGGGGCGAGUACAUGCACAUCCGCAAUGCUAUCAGUGUGCUCAAAGCGAUCGUUCCAUACUUCCCUGCUGUCAACUGGAUGGGUACACAGCUGCUAGAGACUGUCAACCAUCUCAGCCAAACCGACGAGCGAGACGACGUCAAGAUUCCCGCUGCCUCUCUCAUUGGUGAUUUCAACCGACGAUCGAAGAAGUGGAUGCUUCCGCAACAGUUCUACCUCAACAACAGCAAUGUCCCCGAUGCUGGACAUGACAAGGCUGGUUCGCAACCCCCGGGUGAGCGAUCUACCAGGGCCGAUCUUUUACGACCUAAAUCUUCGACUCCUACGUCUUUGAAUGCUUCCGCGCCGGAAUUCCAACCCGGAACCCAAGAUAAUGCGGAUGUUUCGAAGCAGGAAGCAUUCGGCAAAGCCGAAGUUGAGGACGGUGAGAUUGAAGACGCCAAGAUGACUGAUGCUGGACUUGUCAGGGGAGUUGAGGAUGCAAAGUCUGCAACCCCAGCGCGGAAUAUGCCGAUGUCGACCGAUACCACCUCUACUGCGAUGGAUACCGGUGCGGAUGGCGAUCGACUGCAACCUUCUGGUGCAGACCAACGUGGACAGAGAGAAUCAUCGCGGACACGACUGGGCCCCCGGGGCCCCGAAUCCGGUCGUCAACUUGAUAUCCCGAAGAGGCCGGACGUCGAGCGUCCUCCUGCCAUUAACCCCCGCCAACAGGCUCGUCUUCCCCGUCACACUGCCGCGGACAAUCGGCUGCCCCCUCGUCCUGAGUUGAUGGAUGAUCGACGGGACAGGCAUUCAGACUUCAACCCACGUACGCGCCAUGCUGGUCCUGAACACAUACGGUUCGAUAGCCCUGGUGUCGACAGUCGAGGCCAUGGGCGCCUGGGCGAACGAGAACGGGACUUCCCAAUGAGGCCUCCUCUCGAUGACCCGAUGCGCGGUCCGCCUUAUCGUGAGGGCGGUCGCCUUCCACGAGAUGCCGACUGGCCUGGUGAUCGCCCAGGGCGCCCCCGGCAUGACUCCUUCCAUGGUCGCGAAGGUCCUCCUCGUGGCGAUAUCAUCCCUGAUUUCCCUGAACGGGCACCCGACGGUCCCCAUCGUCGUGGAGAACCACCGCUUCGAGCUGAAAAGGAUGACCGCCGUUCAUUCCCUCAACGUGGACCUACGCCUCCAAGAGCCGAUCUGCCUAAUCGCCCAGAGCGGUUCCCUGACGACCGCCGAUCUGCUAGCUUCCCCCAGCCCGGUGAGAUCCCGAGAGGACCCCGUGCCGGGCAUGACUCAAUGGGCCCGGAUAUGAGCCAUGGUCGGUUGCGACAACCCGACCAGCCAGCGGACAUUCCAUCUGGCCCGCGGCAAAGGAACCGCGGACGCAAUGUGUCUUCGCAGCAAACCGCUCCAGGUCCAAGCAAUGGUAAGGUACCCACACCCGAACGACAACUACCUACGGGCCCUGGCCGUCAUGGCGGGCGUGGGGGACCCGAUCAAUCUCCUGCUACACCAGCUCCCUCUGGAGAGCGUCUGGACGUCUCCGGCAUUCAUCCCGAUCGACUAAACAACAUCGUUGAUUCUACUCCACAAGCACCUGCGCCGAUUUCAACACCCCAGUCGGGUCCUCGUGGUGGACCAGGUCAGCAGCAAGGACCUCGUGGUCCCGGCGGAGAGCGUGGACGCGGCGAUAAACGAUUUGCUGGCAUCAACAACAUGCUUCAGCAGACUAACGGCCCUGCUGAACGUGGCAAUGUUACUCCACCGGUUCGCGGACGGGGUGCAAAUCGACAGUCGAAUGCCUCCAAUGCUGGGUCUCCACGCCCACCCACUGGGCCUGCUGCUGCUGCCGGCGCUGCCGAAGACGAUGGUCAGGCUCGCAACCGACCUGACGGCCGUGGUGACUUGAUGGACGACGCUACUACACCCGAUAACCGCCGGUCCGGUCGAGGCAGCGAUCGUGAUAAGAAUCGUGACCGUGGGCGCCGCGGUGGAGGCGGCGGAGGCAGUGUCGAGGAUGAGACCAGCAGUACUGGAAAUCGACGUGAAGAACGCCGUGAUCGCCCUCGCGACUCGGAUCGUGAGCGCAGCCGCCGAAGCGACGUUGGCCCCGGUGGUUCUGGCCGCGAGGAGAAGGACCGAGACCGUGAACGCCAAUCCGAACGGCGAAACCCUGGUUCUCGAGAGGAAUUGCGCCGCCGGGAUCGACGUGAUCGCGAUGACGGGCCUCCAGAAACCAGCGGUGCUGCUCCCAACAGUGGUAAUGCCAACGAGAAUGAAGGCCGCCUCCGCCCACCAUCUUCGAUGGGUGCACCUCCUCCACCCCCGCCUCCACCACCACCACCACCCUUGCCAAGUGACGAGAACAACCCACGUCGCUGGGGCCAAGGAGGCGGAGACCGUGGCAACCGUCCCGAGAACAGGGACCGUGACCGUGACCGCCGGGACCGCGGGCGCGAUCGGGAUGGCCAUCAUCGUGAUAGCGGCGGUGGCUCCACACAUCGCAAACGUGGACGACCCAACAACCCCGAGGACAGCACUGGAGGGGAUACGAACGGCCGCGGGCAAAGAACGGGCGGUGAUAACAAGCGUCCUCGCCGCGGGCAGUGAUUGAUUCAGUUAUGCCUCUACAAUCUACUUUCUCUUCUCUUCUUAUGAAGAGUCCCUACUUCCCUUUCAUCUCACUUUUUCUCCCGGAUUCGGUGUCUUCUCGUUUCUCCUUUCUUCUCCUAAUGUCUUACUGAUUGCACGUUGCAUCGUGACCGGUGUUUUGGGUACCUCUACUCUGUCUGUACUUAACAUUUCUUCUUUCGUCUUGCUUAAUGUGGACAGUCAUACUUAUGUCUUCCUCGUAUGUACUUUUUAGAGAGAUAUCCGAUAGGGCCAGGUCCGUUGUGGGUUUAAACGUAGUUUAUAGCAUUGCGAAGAAACAAGCGAAUUCAAUGCUGUGUUGA